AUGGAGCCAUUCGUCCACAACGCGCAGCAUUCCAUCUUGAUAUGCACGUCUUGUCAGUAUGCGGUGGUGGCCAACGAAGUGACGGCGCAUUUGCGGAAUCACCAUGGGUCGAUCACCGCCGAGGCCAGGGGCAAAGUGGCCAGAUUGGUCGGCGAUAUUCCCAGCAUCGUCCGCAGCCAAACCGAGCUGGAGUCGUUCCAAUACCCAGACGCCACGGUCGAGCCCAUCGCCCACAUCGCACCACCCCAAGUCGAUGGGUUGCGUUGCUAUUUGUGCCGUUAUAUGUGCCGCCGCGCCCGGAACUUGCAGGAGCAUUGCCGGGCAGAGCACGGAUGGGAGAAUAAUUGGCAGAAGGGGGGCAAUGUGCCGCGCCGGGAGCCGGUGGUUCGAGGUCGGGCGGGGUUUGGGGUUGCCGUUGAAAGCAGCGAGUCGGCGCAGCGGGGGACGGACGACCCAGCGUGGUUCGUCGCAUUACACGACGAGCAGGAGGCGAGGUUCGAGGCCGGCGCGCGCCAGGAGGUCAGCACGUUCGACGAAAAGUUAGAGCCGAACGGGUGGUUAUACCGCGUCGGGUGGACGAGGGAUUUGGAAGGGUUGAACAAGACACAGUUACAGGACGCCACGCGACCGAUCGAGGACGGCAAGGAGACGUUGCGGGCCGUUUGGGCCGUGUGGGCUGUGUUCAACAGUACAAGCGCCACGGCAGCACCGCACAAGGUCGGGCAAGACGCAUUGUGA